AUGGCCCGUUUCUUUCCUCACCCCAGCGGCGGCGCCGGCGCCGGCGGGCAUCUAUCUAUUAUCCGAAAAGGCCGCACCUUGUUCGCUUUGCUCCUUCAACCUUCCGCUGCUGGUUCCGGAGGAAGGAGUGCGAGCAGACUGCAGCCGAAUGGCGGCAGCGGCGCGGCCAUCCAAUGGAGGGGUGGGUGGUCGGCGGCGCUAAACAAGGUGGAGCAUUACGGGGUUCAGAGGGUCACCGGCGACGGCCGUUGCAUGUUUCGAGCGUUGGCUAAAGGAAUGGCAAAAAACAAGGGGAUUCCUUUGGCCCCAAGGGAGGAGGUACAAGAUGCAGAUGAUUUACGGAUGGCAGUGAAAGAAAUUAUAUGCGACAGUGAGACCGAGCGGCAGGAGUACGAAGAAGCAGUUAUAGCAAUUACUGUGGAGCAAUCAUUGAAACGCUACUGCCAAAGGAUAAGGCGGCCUGAUUUCUGGGGUGGAGAGUCAGAAUUCCUGGUUUUGUCUAGACUGUGUCGGCAGCCAAUAAUUAUUUAUAUUCCAGAGCGUGAGGUAAUUCUACCAGCUUCUGGGAUAGCAUUCGUAGAGAGUUACUGGAUCUUUUUGGUCCAGAUCUGUAAAUAUUGUUGUGACAAUUGA